AUGAACAUCACUCGCACGAAUACCCGUGACUGGGUUUCUGAGCCCGACGGAAGAGGAACAUGGGGCAUUCUAUCUACUUGCGUUCUCACAAUCAUUCUCUGUUGCUGGACGUCCGUAUCCCCAAAUCUGCCCGCCCAACCCGACGGUGCGUUCAGAAAAUGGAGAUACAAGUUCGAUCUUGCUUUUAUUACGCUGUUAGGAUCCGAAUUUUUAUUGAUGCUAGCUCUGGGCCAAUGGUCAUCUGCACGCCGUUCAGUUCAUGAUUUCCACGAGGCUGGGUAUAAGGGCUGGACUAUUACGCACGCGUUCUUUGCCGAUAUGGGAGGCUUUCAGAUUGAACCACCGGAUAUAGACCUCUUACCGCCAUUCCCUUUAGACGCUAAGCAGCUCUAUAUCCUCGUUAAGGGGGGAUAUAUUGAAUAUCCACGUUUGGAAGAGGAUGAAAUCAAAGAUAAGAGUAAAUCAGAUGGAGUGGCCAAGUUGAUUACAGUAGCCCAAGCACUCUGGUUUUCUUUGAACUGUAUUACUCGUUUCGCUCAAGGACUUGUUGUUACCACUCUCGAGAUUACUACUCUCUCCUUUAUCCUGGUUUUUCUCGUGACAUCCUACUGCUGGUAUCAUAAGCCUAUGGAUGUCAACAUACCGAUCAUUUUGAAGCCUAAGAAAUCUGUGGCUAUAAUUCGGAGCAAUUUUAAUCAAAAUUAUGAAUCAAAGUGGUAUGAAACACCGCUCGAGUUCCUCUCGCGGGAUGAAUGGUUUUAUUCUCGAUUUUGGAGAUAUUACAUUCAAAUCCUACACUAUAUGCAUAUACCGUUAUUUACUCGACCUGAGCGACAACCAUACGAUCGCAUUCCAAGUUUUUCUAUCCCAAGAGUGAAUACUCAGGCGGAGAUAAUCUGUGCUCCAACAAUCCUUCUAUUCAGCUCUAUAUUCCUCUUUGCGUGGAAUUCUGAUUUCCCUUCCGCGACAGAGAAAUUACUUUGGCGUCUCGCUAGUGUGUAUACCCUAACCUAUGGGUUGCUUGGAGGCCUUCUUUCGCUAUAUCUCCAUAAGAAAAUGUUUCAGCCGGGGUUAACAAAAGCAAUGUCACAGGCCAAUGUGAAGCGGAAAAUAGGGACUGAAAACGAAUGGACCAGCCGUCUUGCUGAGAGGUUUAGGAAUAUUGACCCUAAUCAAGAUCCCAACUUGGAAAUCCCCCUUCGAGCUUUGAUUCCAGUCACUCUUUUUUGUGUCUUUUAUUGUGUGGGUCGAGGUAUCAUCUUAACUGAAGACUUGAUUGGACUAAGAUUCUUGCCGGAGAGCGCGUAUCAAACUGUCUCAUGGUCAAAAUAUGUACCGCAUUGGUAA